CAGAACGGUGGUUGUGCAACCCUGAAACCCUUCCCCGUGUGGUGUAGGAAAGGGCAGAGAAGCGGGUUCCCCUGGCGUCGUUAACCAUGUCGGGUAGAAAGCCCCGGUCUGUGGCAAACCCUCUGGAGUCUGCGAUCACCACACCGAGUGAGAGGAUACUGAAGGAGUGCCACAAUCUGUAUGUGGACAGCGAAAACGGCUUGGUAAAAAUUGCCAGCAGCCUGGGAGUCCGUCUUCUGCCUCCCAGAAAGAAGAUCAUCGUGAUGAUAAUGGGUAACCACUCUGCAGGAAAGAGCUCCUUCAUUAACUGGUAUGUUGAAGAGCACAUACAGAAAACAGGGGUGGCCAUCGAAACGCAGGGGUUUACCUUCAUCACAAGUGGACGCAAAAGAGAAUCUCUGACGGGUAAUGCAACGCUGCAUCUCUAUCCUCACUUUCGACCGCUCCUGGAGUUCAAAGGUGUUACUGACUACCUGUCUGCUGAGAUCUCCACCUCCAAGCAGAAGAAAUUCAGCCUGGUGACUUUCGUGGACACUCCGGGUUUGGUGGACGGGGACAUGAUCUACCCUUUUGAUGUGAAUAGCGCCAUCACUUGGUUGGGAGAACAGGCAGACCUGAUAUUUGUAUUCUUUGACCCGAUGGGCCAAGCGCUUUGCAAACGCACGCUCAACAUCGUGGAGAAGCUGAGCGAAAAAUGCGCAGACAAGCUGUUGUUCUACCUCAGCAAAGCAGAUGAAGCCGGGAAGGAGACAGACAGACAGAGAGUGAUGAUGCAGAUAGUCCAAGAACUGUGCCGCCGUCCAGGCCUCAACAAAUGUGGCUUUGAGAUGCCAACAAUAUACAUCCCAAACCCACAGAAGCCGAGCAGGUGUGUGAACCAGAUCGAUGGCGUUUGUCAGACCAUCGAGAAGACCAUUAACCAGGCUGUUCAGAAGACACUGAAUCAGCUGGAGAAAGACUCUGACCUUAUUUGUUCCACUAUCAGCAGCAGACUAGAGCAGGACAGGGCUGAUGUGGCUUACAACAAAAGCGUCCGUCUUCAUUCAUUCCUGUGCGGUGCUUUGGGCGUUUUCCUGCCUUUACUCUUCAUCCUCAGUUUUAUAGUGAACACCUUAUCCAAAGAGCAGCUGGAGGAGCUGUUGGGUGAAGGUGCAACUCGAACCAUCACUAUCUUCACAGGAAUAGUGAUGUAUUUAUGGGACUGGAUACCAGAAGAUGGGCAAGUAGUCUUUGUCAUCAUUUUUGGGGCUUUUUGCUACCUCCUGCUUUUCCUGGCAAAGUAUUUUGCAGGCCGAAGGAAUAAAACUCUGACGAAGAAGGAGAAGAGGACGAUGGCAGAGUACAGUGAUUACAUCCAAGAUAUCGUCAAGACUAAGAAGAGUAAAUUGUAUGAAUGGUACCUCCAGCAGUGUGCAGCAGAAUAUGACCUCUGACCCUGGGUAAGCUGAAGACACUUUGCACCAGUACCUGUAAGCUCGCAGGUGUACUCUCUAAAUCAGCCAAGAUCACUGCCAACAAUUAUCAUCUCAGCAGCGGAUUUGAAAAGUGCCUUUAUUACUAAUUAUUGGAGAAGCUUUGAUUGUAGCCGUUUAAUGAAAGUCAGACUGUGACUGGAUUUUUUUUAUAGUCUAUGGGUAAUUAUUGUGAGAAAAAUAUGAAAUGUUUACAAAUUACACAUUUUCUUCUUGAACUUGGGGCUGCCUUUACCAGCAAACACAUUUUCAUGAUGUCCUCUAUAAAGUUAGUUCUCAUUGUUGUCAUGUGAUGGGUCUUUAUAUCUCACUACACUGUCCUGAGCGCAGUGUUACCAGAAUGUGUUUUAAGCAAUAGCUACAAUAACCAAUGCUGUGAUUAAAGCCUGGGCAUUAUGGUUGGACAUCUGAUAAAAACACAUUUAUUGCGUUGAAUCCUUCUCUUGCCUCCAAAGAGCCAAUCACUUAUUUUUAUAUACAAAUCGUUGUCGUGUAAUCAUUGUUAGAUGUUCCACAGACUUUCAGUACAGCACAGUACGGUGGCCUAGAGGUGCCACACACAACAGCAAAAAGAAACAUUUGAUGGGAAAGUUGGUGACAACAUUUCUUGUUUGUGACUGGAUAAAAUCCAAGUUCCUGGGAAGAGAUUGAGGUCAUUUUUUUCUAUUUCUGUACUACUCUCAGCAGUUUUCUUGGGAAAUUUUUAAACUGAGAUUGAGAGGAUAAGAGUUAAGGCACUGAUCUUCUUUAUACACUUUCACCAUAUUUAUGUAAUAUGGCCUGUGAGUAAGAGUGUAAGUCCCUUAGAAUUUAAUGAAAUUUCAGUGUGUUUUACCUGAAAUUAUGAUUUGAUUAUAUUCACCUGCAAAUACUUGUCUUUUUAAAAUUACUUAGAUACUACUUAAAAACUAUUUACUGUAUAAUGAAUAAAUUGAAAAGUUUUUUUUCUUUCCUACCUAAAAGAAAAAAUAACCAGUAGCAAAUAUCGCAUUGCAGAGACCCCAUGUGGUCAUAUAAUAAUGGAACAUUCCUUCAUUCCAUUUCUUAACUUUUUUAAAUUUUUACUUUAUUUACAGUUUUGCAGUGAGGAAAGGGGAGAGAGCAGGGGACGCACGCAGUGAAGGGGUCGCAAGUCAGGCUUGAACCCAAGUUGCUGCAUCUAAGCCGUAAGGCAAAUAGUCAUUGCUCUGGUUGAUGGUUGAAUAGUGUUUGCGAAAGGAAAGAAAUCAAGUCUGACUUGACUCCAUCAUUAUACGAGCACGUUUGCCCUACCGCCUGUAGAUUUCAAACACAUUAUUCCCAUUGUUCAAACCAACAGAGACUAUUGUAUAUUUUGGCCUUGUGUCACCAUUGUAAUGAUUUCCACGUGUCAAAAGGAUGGAUUGGCCCUGUGUUCCCGCCUUACAUUCCUGUCCGCUCUCUACUCUUCUAUCAAAUAGAGGCUAUAAAAAUGCCACCUAGAAAUCCUUGCUGGGGAUCUGCUUUAGCUGCGAAUGGUCCCAUGGUGGGGAUUGUAGCUCUCAGCAUAACACAACCUCAUCUCUUUGACCAUAUGUCUUUUAAGUGGGCCUCAGGGCUUUCAAGUAAGAUUUUAAUAUAAGAGUAGCAUAGAAGCUGGAAAUCCCUCCCGACUGUAGCGGUGAGCUUGAUUCUGUCCGGUCACAAUAAGAAAUGUUGCCCCAACGCUUCUGAGAAAAAGUGAGUUGUUUUUUUUUAACAUUUUUUUUGUUUGCUUGUUUCAGUUUCAUUUAGUUUUUGUUGUGUUUUGCACCUCAGGGACACCAUAGUGCAGUGAAGUAACUGCGCUGUCGGGUACCUCGUACUUGUGUUAAUAAGCAAUGAACCCUGCCAGUCCUUUAUUGAUAGAUUUAACUAGUGACACCAUAUACUGCCUUCACCACACUGUUUGUAGAUGUAUUUAUUAGUGUUGACAGAUGUCAACAUGUGAGGUGCUUUUUCCUAGAGAUGCACUGAUCCAAUGCUCGACAUUAACAAUAGAGCUGCUUUUGAGGUUUUCUUUUUUUUAAUUUAUUGCUGUGACUGAUAUAAAUAAACCUCUAACAUUAGCAAGCAGGUUAAUCAGUCACAUGAAGAUGGUUAUCAGCUCGAUAAGUUAACUUUUCAACAUGGCUACGAAUGUGUUUACAUGAAUUGCAUCUGAUCAAUCUCUAACAGCAGAUCUGUCCGUUUUAUAGGCUGAUUUUACAAUGGGAGGUAAAACUAUAAUAUUAGAACAGUAUGAAGCAGUCAAACACACACAAUACUGGCUGAAAGCAGAGUGUGUAAACAUAAUAGAAAGAUUAUAUUAUUAAAAGGCACUUUAUGAAGAAUUUUGGUCAGUAAGACUGGAAAAGCACUACUACAUUAAUAAAGCCUAGCCGAUUGAAAGCCAGAAAGGAAAGCUGGUAUAAAUGCUGACCGUGUAAGUCAACAGACAUACUAGCAUUACAGCUCUAUCACGAAUAAACAGCAGGAUCUGCCAGAUUACAGUAAAUUGAGGAUGAGAUGUGUGUAAAGCAAUUGUUGCCUUAUUCUUUCAGCUGCAGAAAAAAUAUGAAAAACAGGUCAAAUAUAGAUCUAACUUAGGUGCAAAUGAGGUCCACAUGUACAAAUGUGUGCCCUGUUUUAGGAUCCUAUAUGAAGGAGUCUAUAUCGAUAUUCCUUAUUGAAUCUAAUGACAGAAAAACUUAAGACUUAAGUGUCUGUGCAGAGAGGCCUAAGGGCUCUUCCAGGAAUGGUGAUACUAUUUUUGGGAGAACUGAUUGGUCAUGGGAUACCUGCUGAUCUCUCUUCUCAAACAUAACCUGCUCCAGAGCAGAUUAGCUGUCUGGCAUAAGUUUCUAUGGUCAUAUAUCCCAGAAAGAUGUGAACUGCCUUCGUAAUCCAGAAAACCCAGGGCUAAACUUGAAGUUACCUGGCUAAGAUGAAAUCUUGCUUCGUAAUACACGUCUCUGGCGCACUGAAAGAGUUGGUCGCAAAAGCACUGAGUUGACAUUUCAGAAUUUUUAUCCGAAUAGAGAAGUUGGAUCGGUGUAUCCGUACUUUUAUCCAAACCUCUAUUUGCAACAUAGUUGUGAACACUCCCAGUUUGUUUGUAUUUUAAUGUUAGAUGGCUCCCAAUUUUUAUAUGAAUAGUUGUGAAACUUAAUUUAUAAAUUCUGUGAAAUGUUUGUGCUACUGCAUGAAAUCUAGACUCAAGUGAUUUCAUCUAUAUUUUUAAUAACCAUGAAUCACAGAAUGAAAUCUGUCAAGAAAAACAUGCAAAAACUAUGCUCUGUCACCUCUUUGGAAAUCAUUAAACAUUUUUUUAAACCUGU